CUAGAAAGUAGUUCCAUGCAGUGAGGAAAUAGGAGGGUAGAUCACCUUGAAGCUGGUCUCAGACUGCCAGCAGUCGCAUCGCAGUAGACAUCCCCUACCAGAGUUCAGUACUUGUCCAACUGUAAAAGGGAUCGCCAUGCCUCUGCCAAAAGACAUGGGCUCUGCCUUCAUCCAGACACAGCAGCUCAACGCUGCCAUGGCCGACACCUUCCUGGAACACAUGUGCCUGUUGGACAUCGACUCCGAACCCACCACAGCCCGCAACACCGGCAUCAUCUGCACCAUUGGACCAGCAUCCAGAUCUGUGGAUAUUCUUAAGGAGAUGAUCAAGUCAGGAAUGAACAUUGCUCGUUUGAACUUUUCCCAUGGUACACAUGAGUACCACGCAGAAACCAUCAAGAAUGUGCGGGAGGCGUGUGAGAGCUUCGAGCCGGGCAGUAUCCAUUACAGACCCAUCGGUGUUGCCCUGGACACCAAGGGACCAGAGAUCAGGACCGGCCUUAUUAAAGGAAGUGGCACAGCUGAGGUUGAGCUGAAGAAGGGCAACAUGAUCAAGGUUACUUUAGACGAUGCCUACCAAGACAACUGCAGUGAUGAGAUCCUCUGGCUGGACUAUAAGAACAUCACCAAAGUGGUGGAAGUUGGCAGCAAGGUCUACAUCGACGAUGGGCUCAUCUCUCUGCAGGUCAAGGAGAUUGGCAGUGAUUACCUCAUGUGUGAGAUUGAAAACGGAGGCACUCUGGGCAGCAAGAAGGGGGUGAACCUUCCUGGCGCUGCCGUCGACCUGCCUGCCGUUUCAGAGAAAGACAUCCAGGAUCUGCAGUUUGGUGUGGAGCAGGGAGUCGACAUGGUGUUUGCCUCCUUCAUCCGCAAAGCAGAUGAUGUACAUGCUGUCAGAGCUGUGCUUGGAGAGAGGGGCAAAAACAUCAAGAUCAUCAGCAAACUGGAGAACCAUGAGGGUGUACGCAGAUUUGAUGAGAUCAUGGAGGCUAGCGAUGGCAUCAUGGUUGCACGUGGUGACCUGGGUAUUGAGAUCCCCACAGAAAAGGUCUUUUUAGCUCAAAAGAUGAUGAUCGGUCGCUGCAACAAAGCUGGCAAGCCCAUCACAUGCGCAACCCAGAUGUUGGAGAGCAUGAUCAAGAAGCCUAGACCGACCCGCGCCGAGGGCAGCGACGUUGCCAACGCCGUCCUGGACGGAGCCGAUUGUAUCAUGCUGAGUGGAGAGACUGCCAAGGGAGAUUACCCCCUGGAGGCAGUGCGCACACAGCACAUGAUUGCUCGUGAAGCCGAGGCAGCCAUGUUCCACCGGCAGGUGUUCGAGGACCUGCGUCGUUCUACGCCGCACUGCAACGACCCAGCUGAGGCCAUUGCAAUCGGCGCUGUCGAGGCCUCCUUUAAGAGCUUAGCCUCUGCGAUCAUUGUGCUCACGGGCUCUGGAAGGUCUGCCCACCUGCUCUCCAGGUACAGGCCCCGUGCUCCCAUCCUCGCCGUGACCCGUAAUGCCCAGACGGCUCGCCAGGCUCACCUGUACCGCGGGAUCUUCCCUGUCCUCUACACCAAGCCCCCUCACGAUGUGUGGGCUGAGGACGUUGACAUGCGCGUCAACUUCGCAAUGGAAAUGGGCAAAGCCAGAGGCUUCUUCAAAGACGGUGACGUUGUCAUCAUCCUGACUGGCUGGCGUCCCGGCUCCGGUUACACCAACACCAUGCGUGUGGUCCUGGUGGCUUGAGCAGCCAACGCAGCUGCCCUGCACUGACCCUUCACAUUUAUCUGUCUUUCAUUUUCACCAUCCCAACCCCUCACUCCUAUAAACACUCAGAUGUUUAGUUUUUAGGUUCUCAUGCAAAUAAUUAAU